AUGUCUGUUAUUUUUGAUUAGUUGGAAGUAUACAUUUAAUGAUAACUCUAGAAUAUCUAAUCACUAAGAUUCAAAUUUAGUUAAGCUAUAAAGCUAGGAGCUUCGCUUUAUUUUAUUGAUAAUCACAACUUAAAAAGACUUGUAGUUAGCGAUAAUUAGAUAACAUAAUAUACUGAAUAGGAGGCAAUCAAUGUACUUUAGGGAGUUCAGCAAAUUUGCUCUGAUGGUAAAGUGAUAUUUUGUUUAAUGAGUACAAAUUAAAAUAUUUUAUAAAGGUAAUGGAGAUCUAUAUUCAAUUGAUUCUUAACCUAAACAAUUAGUUUCUGGUAAAAAUUAUAUGACUAUUACUCCAACAACUGCAAUUGAUCAUUCUGGAAGAGGGUAUUGGUGGAAAACUAAUAAGACGAUUUACAGUCAUUGUAAACAUAUAAGUAUUUAUAAAGAAAAACUAACUUUAAUUACAAGUAAAUAAUUAAUAUAAAUUAUUAGUUGGUGGUAAAAUUAUUAAUAUUGAAAAUGAUAUAUAGACUCCCAUUCAAUAAUUAAAUGGAUUAGGAAUUAAUGCUUUUUUUAAGAAAUCUAUAUUAUUUUAAUUUGGUGGUAUAGCUAUAACAGAAAAUGGAGAUGCUUAUUGUUAUACAAAUAAAAUGAUUAAGCUUAAGAUAAAUAAUUUAGAAGAUAUAAGUGCAAAUAAUAAAUUUAUAUUUGCAAUAUAAGGAAAAUCACUUAUUUAAUGGAAUUUAGAAGAUUUUUAAUCUCAUCAAUUUUAUGUUAAUUAAACAUUAUUUAAAAAAAUGAAUUAUGGCAAUGAAAUUACUAUUAAUUGCAAAAGAAAAGAAUUUUAAGAAAUUAAAUUUAUAUUUUCAGAUUAUUAUUCUCAAUUUUGUUGUGCUUAAUUAAAAAUGAUUUAAAAGAUUAAUUAAAAUGAUUAAUCUAUGUCAGUUUUAGAAAGAACAUUUUGUAGAAGUAAUGUUUCUAAUUUAAAAUAAUAACUAUUUGAUUAAUGGGAUCCACCAUCUAAAAAAAGAAAUCAAGAAUUGAGAUAAAGUAGAUAAACAAAAGGAUAAAAAACUGAAAGAUCUGAGACUAGUAAUAGAUUAACUGAUAGAUAUGAAAGAAAAGAUGAAUUAUCCUCAGAAUCAAGAUUUUAUCAAUCUACAAAUAAUAAUAUCCUAGAUGCAUUUUUUGAUAGAUCGAACAAAUAAGAAACUAAAGAGAUAGAGUAUCAUUCAGAAUAAAAGUAAGAAACAAAUUAGUUUUCUAUUGAUACAACUUUUAAUCAUAAAAGAAACUCUAAAUCUAAAUCUGAUAUCAUAGCUCCUCUUGAAAUAACAAAACUGUCUUAAAUUGAUAAAUAAUUAUAACCAUAAGAAGAAGAAUAAAUAUAUACCAGUAAAGAUAAUAGAUUUACAAAUGUAGAAUAAGAAGAAUUUUAGAUAAAACCAUCUAAAUUGUUAGAAUAAUAUAAAUAAUAAUUUGAUUCAUAAACAAAACCUAAUAAUGAAGAAUGUAAAUAAGAAAUAUAAGAAAAUUGUUAAGAUUUGUUAGUUAAAGAUAGUUCUGAAGGACAAUAAUAAACUUAAAAAGUUGAAUCUUAAAAUACAAUAAAUUUAAAAUUAUAAUCCAUAAGAGAAACUUAUGAUUAACCAAGAUUUAAAACUUAAAAUAAUAGUUUAUAUACAUUAGAUGAAGAGAGCUCAUUUGAAUAAAGUGUUUGCUAGGAGGAUGAGGAUAAAGGAAAAUUUCAUUUAAAAAGAUAACCAUUUUUAAUUAAUGAUAUUUUUGAUACUAAAACAGAUGUUAAACAAAAUUAAAAAAAAAUAGAUUAAUUGAAAACUAAAUUUUAAUAAAAAGAGAUUGAUACUGUUCCUUAGUCUUAAGACAAUCUUCAUAGUUAAUUAUAAAUUGUUGUAAUUCCUGAUAUAGAUUUACCUCCUGUAUAAUCUAAUUUAAAUAAUUUAAUCAAUAAGCUUUAAUUAAAACCAGAAAAAUCUUUAGAUCAAGUAUUAGAGUCUUAAACACAAAAAGAUGAAUAAGAAUCAACUACUUCUCUAUUAUCUUUUGAACCAUAAAAUAUAAUUCCUGAAACAUAAUAAAAAUAAAUAAAAUCAUUUUUGAAAAUAGAUUAAAUUUAAAAUUCUAAACAAAAAAAAACAGUUGAAGUUAUGGAAUAAUAAUCAGUUAUCGAUUAUUAAAAUAACAGUGAUUUUAUAGAUCAAUAGUAAGAUAGUUUUAUGUAAAUUUUGUAAAAUGAAAAAAAGUAGGAUAAUAAUAAAGUAUAAAAUAUAAUGUAGAUUUUUGAUUAAGUAUCUGUUUAGCAAAGGAAGAGAACUCCUACAAAAUUAAAUUUAUUUAAAAAACAUGAACAAGAAAAUUUGUAAAAAGUUGAGAUUCUUUCUGAAUUAUAGAUGAAUGAAAAAGUAGAUUUAAACAACGUUUUGGCAGAAAAAUAAAAUGAAAAUAUCAUGGAUAAGAAAUUAGAUUCACCAUAAAAGAUAAUUUAAAAAGAGUAAAAGACUAAUAUCACUGUUUUGGAAGAAGAAUUUAAUGAAGAUAGAAUCAUAUAAGUAAAGAAAAUUGAGGAAAUUGAAUCUAAAAUAUUGAAAUCACCAGAAAAAGGUAAUGAAUAAUUAAUUAAAUUAAUACCUAUUGAAAUGAGUGACUCAAUAGAUUUAAAAAAAGCUAAUUAACUAAUAGAGAUAAAAUAACCUUAAUUUGAUGAAAAAUCAUCUUUAAAUUUCUCAGUAUAAAAAUAAGCUGUAUCUCGGAUUAAAGUUUAGCCUAUUAAUUGUAUAGCUUUAAGACCAGAAAAGAAUUUCACUCCUCUAAGAAGUAGAAGAGAUAGCAGUGCAAGAGGUUCAAGUAUAGAGGCUAAUAGGUUUAAAUAAUUAUAAAUUGAAACCUAAAUUACUGUUCCAGAACUUACAUAUAAAAUAGGAUCAUAUAUUAAUGAGCCUCUAGAUAAUAGUAAUGCUGUUUAUCAUAUUGACUAAACUAUUCUUGAUGAUCCAACUAAACGUACUCCAGUUGCUCAAGUUUUAGAUAUUAUUAAUUUAAACUAAUUUUCUAAUUAAAAAAACAAAGAACCUGCGUUGGUCAAAAUUUAAGCUACAUCAUAAAUUCCUUAAUCAUUAAGAUCUACUAGUAUUGAACCUAAUAAAAAAAAGACAGAGACAUCUCCCAUUAAAUAAUUAAAGUUAUAAGUUAAACCAUAGAAUAAUAAUGAUAAGGCAUAAAACAUGAAAAGAAGACAAUAAGAUAUCAUUUUAAGAAAAUUGUUUUUCAGAAUUGAUAUCCAUGUUAAAUUAGCUAAAUUAGAGUUUAUGUUUAACUUAAAAUAAAAGACAGGAAAAUGA